AACGUGUUGCUCGCGUGCGGCUCCACCGACUACAAGGCCCGCAUAUUCUCGGGUUUCAUCAAAGAGGUGGACAAACGAGAGGGCGAACCCACGCCGUGGGGCGGCAAGUGCAGUACCGGCGCUCUCGUGGCCGAGUUUGGCUCAAAUAGUGGAGGGGGUUGGGUGCAUAACGUGAGCUUUUCGCCGGACGGCAACCGACUGGCGUGGGUUACGCACGACUCGAGCAUUUCUGUGGCCGACGCCAACAGAGGGAUGGCUGUGUCGACAGUGAGGACACGCUUUUUGCCUUAUUUGACGUGCGUUUGGUCGGCGCCCGAUCUGAUUGUCGCCGCCGGUCACGACUGUUGUCCGAUGCUAUUUAAGUAUGAUAUGAGUAAAGCUGAGCUCAAUUUUGUGGAUAAAGUGGACAAAUCGCUUAAGAAAGAAGUGGACGGAUUC